AUGGCCGACACUCUCGCUUCCCGCAAGUACUUUGACAGUAUUUACAUCCCCGCCGGUCUGAUCAUUCUGGGAUGCGCCAUCACCAAGCGCGAAUGGGUCCCGUACGCUGUCCUUUUGUCGCUGGCGCUGGGUGCCUACAAGUACAACUCGAUGCAAAUCAAGAAGGUUCUCAAGCCCGAUGCUUUCCAAGAGUUCGAGCUUAAGGAAAAGACCAUCAUCUCUCACAAUGUCGCCAUGCAAAGCAUCCUCGGCCUCCCUAUCGGCCAGCACAUCUCUAUCGGCGCGAACUGCCCCCAGCCCGAUGGCACCACUAAGGAGAUCGUGCGCUCCUACACUCCAAUUUCUGGCGACCACCAGCCUGGCUACUUUGACCUCUUGAUCAAGUCCUACCCCACCGGCAACAUCUCCAAGUACCUAGCAUCGAUGAAGGUCGGCCAGUUGCUCAAGGUCAAGGGUCCCAAGGGCGCCUUCGUUUACACACCGAACAUGGUCCGUCACUUUGGUAUGAUUGCUGGCGGCACUGGCAUUACUCCCAUGCUUCAGAUCAUCCGUGCCGUCAUCCGCGGCCGCCCAACCGGUGACAAGACCGAGAUCGAUCUCAUCUUCGCCAACGUUACGCCUCAGGACAUACUGCUGAAGGAGGAUCUCGACACCCUUGCCAAGGAGGACAGCGGCUUCCGUGUGCACUACGUCCUGGACAAGCCACCUGCUGGCUGGACUGGCGGCGUUGGUUACGUCACCGCCGACAUGAUCACCGAUCUGCUCCCCAAACCCGCUGACGAUGUCAAGCUUCUGCUUUGCGGUCCCCCGCCGAUGGUCAGUGGCCUCAAGAAAACCGCCGAGAGCCUCGGAUUCAAGAAGGCCCGCCCUGUGAGCAAGCUUGAGGACCAGGUCUUUGCUUUCUAA